AUGGCACACGGGUUUGGUCUACAUCCAAGGAUGAUGGCUUCGCUAUGGCGCGGGGGAACAUCCAAAGGUCUCUUCGUCACUCGCAGAGAGCUCCAACACAUGCUGCAACAGAGCGAAUUCAGGCCAGGCUUGCAGCUCGACAGUCUCGAAAGCUACAAGGCUCUUGCGCCUAUGCUGAGCCCCAUCAUGGGCUCGCCAGACAUUAGCGAAAGACAGCUUGAUGGGCUGGGGGGUGGCAUCUCCUCCCUCAGGAACCUUACGGCCGCUGUUGGACCAUGUCUGACGAAGGCAUUACUCAACAAGCAUAUUCUUGAGCAGCCUGACCUCACUCACGCAACUCGCAUCCGUGACACUCUCACUGGGAACAAGUCUGUGUGCCUGCCACUGACUGUGAACCUGUUCAACGAGAACACCAGGAAAAUCAUUCGCAGUACAUUCAUGGUUCGCAGGUUUCCGUAUCAGGAGAGUUGGCGGUGGCUGUUCGAGCCCCGCGGUAAUUUUCUCAUGCCUGGCCUUCCGGUGCCUGGAUCCGAAGUACGUCUGCAGUGGUUGGAUCCCGGGGGAUCCAAGACCAACAAAACCUUGCCAACCGGCAAUUCAACGGACACGAUCACUGUCAACGGCAAGCAGUACAGCGUAUCCUUGGUGGACAUUUCCAACCCAGGAAUAUUCGUGGAUGGCCGCCAAUUUGAGUGUGAUUCGUCAGAUUCUCCGACCGAACUCGACGCCAGGACGGACUUGAUGCGAACUCUCGACGACAUCAGAUGUGCAGGUACGCAGGCCAUGGGUCUGGAUCCGAACGACAAAGCAGUUCCCAAGAUCGUGAUGGUAUUCCCGCCAAGUUCCGGAUCCCACCAUAUCGACUGCUUAGCCCUCUCGAUGCAGAAAGCUCACAAAGCCGUACCAGGCACCCUGGCCAUGAAUCUGGGGGCUGCUUGUCAGAUAGAAGGUACGAUUCCUUCUCGACUAUCACGUAAAACCUCGAAUGGCAAGAUUGUGAUCGGUCAUCCAUCGGGAACGGCGGAGACGAGUGCAAAGAUCACCAAAGGUCACGUAGAGUACGUGGAGAUCAGCCGAACAGCGCGAGGUCUUAUGCAAGGUUACGUUAUGCCUGCAUUCAGAGACUAUGAGGUCGAAGAAGCAUCAUAA